AUGGCUCACAAGAAGGAUAAGAAUAGUCUGCAGCUGGAGCGGACCGCGCUGGCUCCAGUGAAUCCUUGUGCUCAGAAUACUGCUCCGCUCUCCAGUCUCCUGGACAGCGGACUGGACGACAUCAAAGUCCCCAGCCUGCAGCCACUGUCACCUAUCAAAACGCCUUCUGUUGUCCGGAUCACAAUUCACAAGGAGCCUACACAGAGAGCGACGAGCCUGCUCAUAGACCAGCACGUCGACAAUCUGUCCAUUCCUGUGCUGGAACCCCAGAGAGUGAGUGCUCGUUCUUAUUCAUCUACCACUAUAACCCAAGUUCGACCUCCAUGGUUAACCCGUCUGGUGUGCGUCAAGAAACAGCCGUUCGUCACCAUGAAACCACCAGUGCUCGUGCCGUGGGAUGGUACAAUCAAAUGGGCUAUCCGAGGAUCCAGUGUUUUUGAGACUACGGAUGAAGAACUCGACGCGUUGCUGUACCGCCCGAAUAUUGUCAGCAAGGAAUCUCCCACUGAGCUCUGGAUGUUCCAGUUUGGCUUGCGCUAUAUCCCCGCUGAAGGUGACAGAGAUGUACACCGCGCCGUCACUAUUGAGAAUCUACCAUCAAACGUGACCCUGCAGCAACUCUUACCUCUAAUCACCGGCGAAAUCUACUCAGCGCACUUCCUCGAUACUGUAUCUAUCACGGGGUCAAACACCGCUUUCAUCGUCUUCGUUACCCAGGCAGAUACUGUUGACUUUGUCAAAAAUUCCGGCGGUAGUCUCGCCCUGGGAGCGACACAGGCUAAAGUGACCCUGGUCCCGACUCCAACUUAUCCUAUGGCAGCUAGUAUGGCACGGCUGGUUUUCGAAGAGGGUCACACGCGGUGCGUCCGUAUAUCUGGUGUGCGGGAUACUUUGAAGGAAGAGAUACGUCGGGUCUUGGGCCGGUCGCCGUUCUUGGAUCAUCUCGAACGGAUCGAGGACGGACAGGUGUUCGGGGAUGUCUAUGCUCGGUUUCAUUCAAUCAAGGUGGCCACUGCCGCCUGUAAGCUAUUGAAGAGUCAUCCGAGCUUCCAGAAAUGUAAACUCCGGUUUCUGGCAGCAAGACCUUUGGCGCGGCAACCCCGAAUCGGAAUUUGGGAUUGA